AUGCACCUCAUUAAACUCUUCUACACUACUGCACUCCUCGUUGGAGUGACUUGGGCUGUUGCCACGCCCGAGCUGGUGGACAUUGAAGCGCGAGACGACCCAAAGAUUGUUCCCCGACUUCUUACGCCUCCUCCAACCCCCAAGAGCGGCGUUGUUGAAGACGAGGAAGAAUGGAUUUAA